GGAAGCAGCUUGAAGACGGACAUAAAACAUUUAUUUCCUGAAUGAUGGGGUGGACACAACUCGUUCGCUCUGUCAUUUACCAGUGGCUCUCUGGCCUCAUCCAAAUAUAAUUACAGUUUGUCUUUUUUUUCUUUUCUUUUUUUAUUCCACCCAUGUUCUAUUGGCUGAGAGGAAACAGGGUGGAGCUGCUAACCGGAACAGUGCAGCUUCAUUCAUUAAUGAGAGGGUUAAUAGGACAGAGUGUAACCACGGCUCUUUGCGUUUGGACAAACUGUGAGGUUCCUUUUUUUUCUUUUUGUCUAAACGGACGAGUCUCCAAUUUCAUCUGUGCGAAGUAUACGGCUGUUCGCUUCAGUGUCCUGGAUUCAGCUUGUCAUGUUCAGCCGCGUCUCCAAGAGGAGAGAUUCUAGCAGAUCGCUGAACCCUGCAGAUGAGCCACAGAGAGGACAGCCCUGCAUAGCCUGUGGAGAACAGUGCCCCGGCUUCGCCCUGCACAAAUGGAGGAAGAUCUGUGUGCACUGUAGGUGUCGUCGUGAGGAGCAUGCAGUGACAGCCAUGCCCGUAGAGAUGGAGAAGACGGUCACCAAGCUGAUGUACGACUUCCAGAGGAACUCUACCUCCGAUGACGACUCUGGCUGCGCCCUGGAGGAGUAUGCAUGGGUGCCACCCGGACUCAAACCUGAACAGGUUCAUCAGUACUACAGCUCCCUGCCCGAGGACAAGGUGCCCUAUGUGAACAGCCCAGGAGAGAAAUACCGCAUCAAACAGCUGCUCCAUCAGCUCCCGCCCCACGACAAUGAGGUACGCUACUGCAACAGCCUGGACGACGAGGAGAAGCGAGAACUGAAGCUCUUCAGUAACCAACGGAAGCGGGAAAAUCUGGGUCGCGGCAACGUCCGUCCGUUCCCGGUGACCAUGACGGGGGCGAUCUGCGAGCAGUGUGGAGGCCAGAUAAAUGGCGGCGACAUCGCUGUGUUUGCUUCCCGGGCGGGUCACGGCGUGUGCUGGCACCCUGCCUGCUUCAUGUGCAGCAUGUGUAAUGAGCUCCUGGUGGACCUCAUCUACUUCUACCAGGACGGAAAGAUCUACUGCGGCAGGCACCACGCUGAGAGGCUGAAGCCACGCUGCACCGCCUGCGACGAGAUCAUCUUAGCGGACGAGUGCACGGAGGCGGAGGGCCGUCACUGGCACAUGAAGCACUUCUGCUGUUUCGAAUGUGAGACGGUGCUGGGAGGACAGCGUUACAUCAUGAAGGAGGGUCGGCCCUACUGCUGCUCCUGCUUCGAGUCCCUCUACGCGGAGUACUGCGACUCCUGCGGGGAACACAUCGGCAUUGAUCAAGGCCAGAUGACAUAUGAUGGGCAGCACUGGCAUGCCACAGAAGGCUGCUUCUGCUGUGCACGCUGUAAACGCUCCCUGCUCGGUCGGCCCUUCCUGCCCAAGCAGGGUCAAAUCUUCUGCUCACGUUCCUGCAGUCUGGGGGAGGAGCCCAACGGAUCAGACUCUUCUGAUUCUGCCUUCCAAAGUGCUCGCUCCACCAGAGAGUCGCGACGCAGCUCCAAGAUGGCGAAAAGUGGAGGAGGGGGCGGCGGCGUGCAAACUGAGAGGUUUUCAGGAGAGGUGGACCCUCUGUCUUUACAAAUGGACCUUCUGAGUCUCUCCAGCCAAACACCCAGUUUGACUCGUGAACCGCCUUCCUGGAAGAACCAAGAGCAUCUGGGUGAUGGAUAUAGUUAUGAUUCCCAGUGUGAUCCCUCGUCUAACCCCACCCCUCUCCAGCUCCUCAGCCAGUGUAAUGUCAGGAGUGCUUACAACCCUGCCUGCUCUGGACAGAGUAAUCAGCAGGACCACAGGAUCAAGGAGAACGGAGGUUUAAAAAGACCCCCUAUCUCUGCUGUGAAAGGCCACUCUCUGAAUGAGACGUGGUUCCAACAGCCACCACCAGAGGAUUUCUAUCCGCCCAAACUGAGGACUCAAAAGAGCUUCACUGAGGCGUCCCAUUGCACUCAGCACCACAACGGCUUCUCCUCGGACAAGCGCUCUAUUAGUUUGCACGGUUUUCAGAGGGACAGAGAUGCGGGACCUCCAACAACUACCCAAGUGGCAAGAAGCAGGAACCCGAUUAAUGCACUUAACUUCCCAGAGCAACUGACCCCGCUAGAGCAGACCCCAAGAGGAUCUAUGGAGUCCUUGGCUCUGUCCAAUGCUACAGGCAAUUCAGCAGAUGGUGGAGGAAAGCGUCAGGAGCACCUUUCUCGUUUUUCUAUGCCUGACCUUAGCAAAGACUCUGGAAUGAAUGGGUCAGAGAAAAGCAACAUGGACACACUCAACUCCUCGGUGCAGUUUCGUAGCUCUGAGUCGAUUCACAGUCUCACUGCCACUCCGUCCUACAUGGAAAUGAAACCCACCAGGUCCUCUCAGUACCAGGUGCAGUACUGUGACCCUCCCGGCAUGGGCGUGAAUAUGGGCAUGGCUCAUUUACCAUCUGGCUUCACCUACCAGGAGGAGGACAGAAUAAGUUUGGUGAGCAGCUCCAAUGCUGCACGCCUUCCACCCAUCAAUGAGCGACGGGUGAGUGGUGGUGGCAGCGGCGGCGGAGGUGGAGGGAGGGGAGCAAAUAUUCGGGUAGAUCCUCCAGAGGAGACCCCACAGAGGCGUCGGCACCACCAUCACCGUUCCCGGAGGUCCCGUCGUUCUCGUUCAGAAAACGCUCUCCACUUGGUGGCAGAACGUAGGGCAAGACCUCAAGAAAGGCCCCAGCUUCGUGUCCGAGAGGAUUACGACCGCUUCCCACCCCCAAGGAGUGCCAGGGAUCAGUAUGGAGCCGGAGGGCCAGGGGGAAGAUACCAGCCACAACUUUUCAGGCAGUGCCCUAGGACAACUUCAGAAGUGACUCUCCAGAACCCCGGGGCCAGCAGACGCACUGGCUUGAGCCAGUACUCCUGGGAUGAUUAUGACGACGAUGACUGGUGCUCCACUUGUUCUUCAUCCUCCGAAUCAGAGGAUGAAGGGUACUUCCUGGGUGAGCCAAUCCCCAGACCCAUCCAGCUGCGCUACCUCAGCAACCAGGAGCUGGUCCAUAAGUACAACAACACGGGAAUGGGCGGACCCAACCGCAGCGGACAGUUACACACCCGCAAACGCAGAAAAAGCAAAAACUGCAUUAUUUCCUAACACCCUGUCCUUUGGUACAGUAAACUACUCUUCUUUUAGCUCAUGUACACUAACAUCCAUCUGGAACAAGUCAAUUUUUACAGUGUUGUUGCGUGUUGAUUAUCAUGUAAUAAAAGUCAGUGAUGAAAUACGGUUGGUAAACAGAUAAAAAAGCAACAGUGUUUGCAUGUUUGUUCAUUUUAAUGUUUCAGAAUAUCUCCUAAGUAUUAAUGCUAAAAGGCACGUGUCCGAUUCUAUCAAGACACAACGAAUAUCAAAAGCUGAUGUGAUUUUUUAUUUUAUCAUGACUUCAUUUUCCUGCAGCAAACAAGUGUACCACAUAUUUGGUUUAGUAUUUUUUUUUUUUUUUUGCUUUUUCAUGCAAUGUGAUUUAGAUAUAAAAUAUACUGUACAAUUGAAUUUCGUUCAUAGUUUGUACAUAGCUAAAUGAAGUAAUAAUAUCACUUAAGUUAAAGAAGUCAGUGUAAAUAUGGUUGUAAAUGAGGCCCCACAUAUUUUUAUAUUUUGUAUGGAUAGAAUCAUUUAUGUAUUAAAUAUCUAUAAUGUAGACAUAGAACAUGACGAGAACAACGUAUGCAUGUGUUAUUGCAAUUGGAAUAAAGGAGUAUUUCAGUGAGUUCUGUGAUUGACAGCUGAUGAUUCUCUCCAGGGUGUGACAGCACACGUGUGAUGAGGUGUGCAAAACAGUCACUUUCUCCAUCUGCUUAAUGCAUAAAUGAAUGACAAUGUGGUGCAGAGGUUGAUUAGAGUCAUCCUCCUGUGGACUGAUAGAGGGUAAAGGGUGCAUUCCCAUUCAAACACACAGAGGGCCAUUGUCCGGGAAGCAGAUGUCACUAAAGAUCUAGUUUAUUGCAUCAGUCUCUGCAAGUUGGAAACUGCUGACAAAGGUCUAAGGAUUUAGUUAUUGGAAUCUGGUGAUGCUUAAAGUGUUAUGCUGUCCAUGCUAGCCCAUGCUAGACAUUCUGUGUGUUAACGAUACCCUGGCUUUUAAUUUAUUGGCAUCAUCAUGUCAUUUUUAAUUUAACCAAUACUUUGGCUUUUGACCAGUUACCUGCAAAUAAAAUAAUAAAAUCACAGUCAUUCUGA